AUGGCCAGUGACAAAUGGGAAUUCGCCAACAAGAAUUUCAAGCGAGGGCAGAAAGAGCUACUUUCAGCAAUCAAGCGUCAAAAGAGCCAAUCAUAUGUGCCCAUAAGACACGUUGGUGUCCAAGGGAAUUCAGCAUCGAAUCUCGGUCAUGGGAACAUAGGCUCAACCUCAACCGGAGCAAGAUUAAUGGAACGAAACACCCAUCACACUAAUUUAUCGAGCGAAAACGAGAAGCUGAAAAAGGAGAAUGAGAAUCUUAAGAGUCAAUUGAAUCUUGUGAAUAAGCGGUGCGACGAAUUGGUCACAUUUCUUCGUGACAAUGUGAAUGUUGAGGUUGAUCAGAUUAACCAUAUUAUUCAGCAAGGAACAAGCGGGUUCAGCCGUGAUGCGGUGCGUUCUGAUGAUGUUAUAGGCAUAGGAAAGAAUAAAGGUCAAGAGGGGGUGAAAUUAUUUGGAGUUUGGGUUAAGGGUGGUGGUGGAGAAGGGAAAGAUAAAGCGAAGAUUGAAAAUGGCGAUGGUAAUCGUCGCAAGAGGGGGCCAGAAGAGGCUAUUGGCAGUGAAAUCAAAAAGUUGAAUAAUUGA